CUCCCGGCGAUAUGAAUGGCUUUAAGAGGGUUCAGAGUACGACUGAGAGCUGUCAAAAUGGCGUCGUCGUUCAGUAACGGCGGUGGCAGGGGGAUUCUGGCGGCCGGACUCUUUCGCAAUCACGUGGCCAUCGUGACGGGCGGGGGCACCGGCAUCGGCAAGGCUAUAGCUGCUGAGCUGCUGCAUCUCGGUAGUAAUGUAGUGAUUGCCUCUCGUAAAUUUGACAGAUUAAAAGCUGCAGCGACAGAGUUAGCUGCUGAAAUUCCCUCCACCAGUUCUGUCCAGGUGACUCCCAUACAAUGCAACAUUCGCAAAGAAGAAGAGGUAGAGGCACUGGUGAAAGCAACAUUAGAUCUUCAUGGUAGGAUAGAUUUUUUGGUCAACAAUGGAGGAGGGCAGUUUCCUAGCCCAUCUGAACUAAUAAACGCAAAAGGCUGGCAUGCUGUUAUUGAAACCAACUUGACUGGAACUUUCUAUUGCUGUAAAGCAGCAUACAAUGCUUGGAUGCGGGAUCAUGGAGGUGCCAUUGUCAAUAUUGUGGCUAAUAUGUGGAAAGGGAUGCCUGGCUUAUCGCACAGUGGAGCAGCAAGAGCUGCAGUUGAUAACCUGACCAAAAGUUUAGCCAUUGAGUGGGCAUGCAAUGGAGUGAGGAUUAACUCAGUUGCCCCGGGAAUUAUAUUUUCAGAAACUGCUGUUGCACACUACAAAGGUGGUGAAAAUUUGUUUAAAGACAAUAUUAAGAGGAUUCCUGCAAAGAGAUUAGGACUUCCUGAAGAGGUAUCAGCUUUGGUGUGUUUUCUGCUUUCACCAGCUGCCUCCUUUAUAACAGGAGAAACUGUGAAGGUUGAUGGUGGACAAAGCCUAUACAGUUCCUUCUGGGACAUUCCAGAUCAUGACAGAUGGCCCCCAGCACCAGAUGGACAUAAUGCCAAAGCACUCAGAAGCAUGCUUUCAGGAAAACCUAAAUCAAAACUAUAAUUCAAAGAAAUGAGAUUUGUUCCCAUUUCAUUAGAAAAAAGUUAUUUUUCAAUAAUUAACUGCAAUUCUAAAAAAAGGUGCCUUAGAAUAAAAACACAUUUUUAAUGAAGUGUUAACGAACCUUUAGAACAUUCACUAAGCAUAAUUAUAUGGAACCAUAUUGUAUUAAGUCACAUUAUUGAACAAAUUCAUUGCCUGGUAAACAUUGGGUAAACUGUUCUGUCAACCUUUGCGUCCUGUUAGUGUAUUGCCUCUGUGAUCCAUGAAUAUUCUCUCAAGAAAAUGAAAUGGCUGUUUGUUAAAGCAUGGUAAAUUAAAUUCCUGUUACACAAGUUUGUUGAAGAAAGUGAAACAUCCAUUGCUCGCCUAUAUUGUAUCCAGAGCCCUACAAAUUAAAAUGUGAGAUUUUGACCUUACAUUUUUUUUGAUAGAAUGACAGAAUUUUGUGCAAGAUCCCGUCUGAUUUUGGCAAUCUCACAUUUUGGAUGGGAAGAUGCUGAAAUAACUGCAGGUGGAAUAUGACAGUUUGUUUUCCUGGACACUUUAAUGGCUUUGUGUUAAUAACUUUUGUCAUAAUAAUGAAAGUCAGAAUGGCUAACAUUUCAACGUAAAGAAAUAGGUAGUUUAUACCUAUGUUUCAUAGUUGCCUUUCAGCCAUGAACAGUGUGAGUCCUAAUUGCAUGCUAUACUCUGUCAGGUGAUGGACAGUUAAGAAAUUUGACUGAUUGAUAAAUAAAUAAAAAUAAAUAAAUAAAUACUUAUAUGUAUGCACAUAUGUCUUGGACACAGUACUGGAGACUUUGAUCUAACAUUAUCUCUCACCAAUGGUGGGUUACUGGUGGCGGCAUAAGGCUCCAGCUACCUGCCCUCUGUGCAUGCACGCGUCCACGAGUGAACUGGUAGCGAUGGGAUUUGAAACCCACUACUGUCUCUCAUCAUCAAUAAGAAACUGAAGUAUAGACAUUUUGCUUUAUCUUUUCAACACUUGGAUACUGCCAGCUGGAUUCAAACUCCCAUUUUUGAGUCAGAUUGCUGAGUUAAAAACUUUCUGAUUGCUCUGGAGAAAAUACAUCAAAAGAUCUUAUAAUGGCACUUUGAAUUUAUGGGCCAAUACUUCAAACACAUAAAUACCCAUAUUUAUUUGUGUUAUUUGACAAGAUGGUGUGGUGGUAUUGCUCAAUAUUGGAUUAUUUUAGAUCCACUCUCAGUGAUGAAGAUCAUUGGAGGACACUCUUUGUAAGACACUUUUGGAGAAAAGAUAGGAUAUACAUCACCCUCAUCAUCAUAAUCCAUUGCUGGGAUUGGGGUUUAGACUAACUAGGCAAUCAAAUCUAGUUAACACUGCAGAAUAAGAAUGGACGUGAAAUUAAGAGCCACGGUGGUACAGUGGUUAGAAUAAAGUAUUGCAGGCUAAUUCUGCCAACUGCCAGCAGUUCCUGACAGGUUCAAAAUUGACUCAGCCUUCCAUUUUUCCAAGGUCAGUAAAAUGAGGAGCCAGAUUGUUGAGUGCGAUAUGUUGACUCCGUAAACCAUUUAGAGAAGGCUGUAAAGCACUAUGAAGCAGUAUAUAAGUUUAAAUGCUAUUGCCAUUGCUAAAAGUAAGCAUACAUCAUGAAAAAUGCUCCUCAGACUAAUUUAAUUUCUUAUCUAUAUAUGCCUUUUUCUAAAGUAUACUGCCACCUAUCUCAUAUAUAUGAUUGGGUAGCUUACAACAAUUAAACAAUGAGAGACAGCAACUGAACAACACAACAAUUUAAAACAAUAAAAGACAAUACAAAAGAAUAUAAAAAUCAUAAAAAAUUAAUUUGUAGCCAAAGAAUCACAUCUGCCAAUAGAAUUCAAUAGAACCAUUAUGCUGACUCCAUCAAUUUCCUGCAUCCCCAUGCCUGUUAACAAAGCCACAUUUUCAGAGUCAUUCCAAAGACUAGUAGGGUCAGGCCAAUGUAAUUUCUCGAGGGAUGAUGUUCCACAAGAUGAGUGCCAUGCCAUGGUCUCUUCCUUGACCCUGGCUGAUGGAGCCCAGAACGUGCCUCUCCUGCUGGAUCUGAUGGGAUGGGUAGAUGUAAUGAGGCAGUCAUCCCCUUCCUUAACCCUUUCUUAAGUCUUGUAUCUGAAAUCUCAGUUGUAUGAAGAAACAUAGGUAUCUGAUGGAACUAAGACUUGUAGCAUAAUUUCGUGACACUUGUUAUUUUGGCACUAUUGUACUGUAAUUAGGAAUUGGAUGCCUAUGUGAAUAUUGAGCCCUGUUGCAUUACUUACAAAACAAAUCUUAUACUUGUUAAAAGCUUAGAUUUCUAUAAGAAAUAAAAGUUC